UACCCAGCGCGUUAACCACCAGUCAAGGAAAAAGUUGUGAAAAUUCAUAUUGUCCUUCACCAUACUCCCAUCGAAUAGGAACAGAAUGGCUACUGAUCGAUCGAGGACGGAAGUUUCUAUCCAAUCUGACCGAGUCAAAGAUGUUACCAGUACAGACUUUCCUGGUUAUUACUUUGAUGAGGACAAUUCCUGGAACUUGGACAAAUUUCGUGAAAACUUGAAUGUCUCCGUUACUUCUUUAAACGAAGAAACAAUGACUUUUGAGAUUAGUGGAGUGGAUGCUUCUAUUGCUAAUGCGUUCCGACGAAUUUUGAUUGCUGAAAUCCCUACGGUAGCUUUCGAAUUUACCUAUAUCAUUAAUAACACCAGCAUUAUCCAAGACGAAGUAUUGUCUCAUAGAAUUGGCCUUUUACCCAUUAAGGCUGAUCCAGACAUGUUCAAAUGGUUUCAGCGACCUAUCCCUGGCCAGGAAGCCACUCAUACUGACUACGAUACGGUAGUUUUCUCAUUGAGCAAGAAGUGCGAAUUUAACAAAGAAGCCGCUGCUGAUGAGAAGGAUCCUAAGAAGCUUUACGUUAAUUCGGAAGUUCUGUCGAGCGAUUUGAUCUGGAAGCCCCAAGGACGACAAGAGGAACGUUUUGCUGAGUCUCCUAUUCGUGUCGUAAACCCUAAUAUUGUAGUUGCUAAAUUACGUCCUGGUCAAGAAAUUGAUUUGGAAGCUCAUGCUGUCUUAGGUGUUGGUCAGGACCAUGCAAAGUUUUCUCCCGUAGCUACAGCCUCUUAUCGUUUGUUGCCCACUAUUCACAUUUUAUCACCUAUUGAAGGUGAGGAUGCUGUCAAGUUCCAAAAGUGUUUCCCUGCCGGUGUCAUCGAUCUCGAAGACGGCCCUGAUGGAAAGAAGCGUGCUCGUGUUGCCGAUGUUCGUAAAGAUACCGUAUCUCGUGAAUGUUUACGACACCCAGAAUUCGCUGACAAGGUUCAAUUAGGCCGUGUUCGUGAUCAUUUCCUUUAUUCGGUAGAAAGUACCGGAAUCAUGACGCCUGAUGUCUUAUUUUUGAAGAGUGUUGCUGUUUUGAAGUCCAAAUGUAUGGCUGUGAAAGCUAGCCUUGACAAUUUGGGUUCAGAAGCUGCUUAAAAAAUUUUUGGGGACGGGUUUAUAAUAUAUCCAUACAUUUAGUUGGUAAAUAUAGCCACGUAGACAAUUGUUCAUAAUUGGCUAGAGAAGGGUUUGCGUUUGGUUUUUUAGGAAAGGAUAAAAAAACUUAAUAUUAAUAUAUCUAGAUUUAUGUUUUAUGACCAUUUCAGAAGCGAAG